UGAAAAACAUUGGUUUCCAAGUUAUGAGUUGAUUUUUAACUACUGGGUUUAGGCCAGGCAGGCCCAGGCCUGGUUUUGGGCCUGGCGCAGGGCUGCCUGUCUUUGGUUUUACUUCCUUGUUUUUUUCUUAAAACAGGUACUGAGUAUAAAACAAUAUAAAACAAUAUGAGAGGGUCUGUCUCUUCCGUCACCGAAACCUGAAAAACAGGGUCUGGGAGCGAGGCUGAGAGACCCACAGGUCUGCCCCAGCCCCGCGGUCUGCCGGUUCUAAAGGGCAAGGUCUCUCCGCCUGGCGCCCCGCCCCUACAUCAUCCAGGCCCCGCCCACCUCCUCGUUGGCUCCACGGAGGCCUGGCUUCUGUCGUGUGCCGGUAGAUUCGCCCGGACCAGGAAGCGGAUCGCAUGGACUGAAAGUCACACUGCGGCGUUUUGCUCUUGUUGCCCAGGCUGAAGUGCAGUGGCACGAUCUUGGCUCACUGCAACCUCCGCCUCCCGGGUUCAAACGAUUCUUCUGCCUCAGCCUUGCUGAGUAGCUGGGAUUACAGCCGUUCGCCACCACGCCUGGAUAAUUUUUGUAUUUUUAGUAGAGACGGGGUUCCUCCAUGUACGUCAGGCUGGUCUACAACUCCCGACCUCAGAGUCUCACUCUGUCCUCCAGGCUGUGAGUGCACGCUCAUGAUCUUGGCUCACUGCAACUUCUGUCUCCUGGGUUCAAGCGAUUCUUGUGCCUCAACCUCCCAAGUAGCUGAGAUUACAGAAACGCUGGGCCUUGGAGUUGGGAAUCUUCUCUGAGUCUGAAGCAUCCUGCCUGACAGGUUUGCUCACACCCACCCGUGCCUUCCCUCAGUCCCUCUCAUCUCACCUAGAUUCCGUCUCUCGUGACCCAGUGACAUGAACAUGAGAAGAGGUUGCAGUAGGCAUGGUCCUGGGAAGGGCUCACACCCAGACAUGGAUGGAGACAGGGGUCUAUUGACAUUCAGGGAUGUGGCCAUAGAAUUCUCUCAGGAGGAGUGGAAAUGCCUGGACCCUGCUCAGAGGACUCUAUACAGGGACGUGAUGUUGGAGAAUUAUAGGAACCUGGUCUCCCUGGAUAUCUCUUCCAAAUGCUUGGCGAGGGAGUUCUCAUCAACAGGGCAAGGCAAUACGGAAGUGAUCCACACAGGGACAUUGCAAAGACAUGAAAGUCACCACACUGGAGAAUGUUGCUUCCAGGAAAUCGAGAAAGAUAUUCAUGACUUUGUGUUUCAGUGGCAAGAAGAUGAAACAAAUGACCAUGAAGCACCCAUGACAGAAAUCAAACAGUUGACUGGUAGUACAGAGCGAUAUGAUCAAAGGCAUGCUGGAAACAAGCCUAUUAAAGAUCAGCUUGGAUCAAGCUUUCAUUCGCAUCUGCCUGAACUGCACAUAUCUCAGCCUGAAGGGAAGAUUGGUAAUCAAGUUGAGAAGUCUAUCAACAAUGCUUCCUCAGUUUCAACAUCCCAAAGAAUUUCUUGUAGGCCCAAAACCCAUAUUUCUAAUAAGUAUGGAAAUGAUUCCCUCCAUUCUUCAUUACUCAUACAAAAACAGGAUGUACACAGGAAAGAAAAAUCUUUCCAAUGUAAUGAGAGUGGCAAAUCCUUUAAUUGUAGCUCACUCUUGAAAAAACAUCAGAUAAUUCAUUUUGGAAAGAAACAAUAUAUAUGUGAUGUAUGUGGCAAGGACUUUAAUCAGAAGCGAUAUCUUGCACGCCAUCAUAGAUGUCACACUGGUGAGAAACCUUACAUGUGUAAUAAAUGUGGCAAGGUUUUUAAUAAAAAAGCAUACCUUGCACGUCAUUACAGACGCCAUACUGGAGAAAAACCUUACAAGUGUAAUGAGUGUGGCAAGACGUUCAGUGACAAGUCAGCCCUCUUAGUUCACAAGACAAUUCAUACUGGAGAGAAACCUUACAAGUGUAAUGAAUGUGGCAAGGUUUUUAAUCAACAAUCAAAUCUUGCACGUCAUCAUAGAGUUCAUACUGGAGAGAAACCUUACAAAUGUAAAGAAUGUGACAAAGUUUUCAGUCGCAAAUCAUACCUUGAAAGACAUAGGAGAAUUCAUACUGGUGAGAAACCAUACAAAUGUAAGGUUUGUGACAAGGCUUUCAGACAUGAUUCACACCUGGCACAACAUAUUGUAAUUCACACUGGAGAGAAACCUUACAAGUGUAAUGAGUGUGGCAAGACGUUUGGUGACAAUUCAGCCCUCUUAGUUCACAAGGCAAUUCAUACUGGAGAGAAACCUUACAAGUGUAAUGAAUGUGGCAAGGUUUUUAAUCAACAGUCAAAUCUUGCACGUCAUCAUAGACUUCAUACUGGAGAGAAACCUUACAAAUGUGAAGAAUGUGACAAAGUUUUCAGUCGCAAAUCACACCUUGAAAGACAUAGGAGAAUUCACACUGGAGAGAAACCAUACAAAUGUAAGGUUUGUGACAAGGCUUUCAGACGUGAUUCACACCUGGCACAACAUACUGUAAUUCACACUGGAGAGAAACCUUACAAGUGUAAUGAGUGUGGCAAGACCUUCGUUCAAAAUUCAUCUCUUGUAAUGCAUAAGGUCAUUCAUACUGGAGAGAAACGUUACAAGUGUAAUGAAUGUGGCAAAAGUUUUAAUCACAAAUCAAGCCUUGCAUAUCAUCAUAGACUUCAUACUGGAGAGAAACCUUACAAGUGUAAUGAGUGUGGCAAGGUUUUUAGGACACAGUCACAACUUGCAUGUCAUCAUAGACUUCAUACUGGAGAGAAACCUUACAAAUGUGAAGAAUGUGACAAAGUUUUCAAUAUCAAAUCACACCUUGAAAUACAUAGGAGAGUUCAUACUGGAGAGAAACCUUACAAAUGUAGGGUUUGUGACAAGGCUUUUGGGCGUGAUUCAUACCUUGCACAACAUCAGAGAGUUCAUACUGGAGAGAAACCUUACAAAUGUAAGAUUUGUGACAAGGCUUUCAAGUGUUACUCACACCUGGCACAACAUACUAGAAUUCAUACUGGAGAGAAACCUUACAAGUGUAGUGAGUGUGGCAAAGCCUUUCGUGCGCAGUCAACACUUAUUCACCAUCAGGCAAUCCAUGGUGUAGGGAAACUUGGCUAAUGAUUGUCACCAAGUCUUCAGUAACGCUACAACCAUUACAAAUCAUUGAAGAAUCCAUAAUGAAUAGAGAUCUUACAAGUGCAGUAAAUGUGGCAAAUUUUUCAGACAUCGUUCAUACACUGUAGUUCAUGGGCGAACUCAUACUGGAGAGAAACCUUACAAAUGUCAUGAUUGAGGCGAGGUCUUCAGUCAAGCUUCAUCCUAUGCAAAACAAGAGAAUUCAUACAGGAAAAAAACCUCACAAGUGUGAUGAUUGUGGCAAAGCCUUUACUUCACGUUCACACCUCAUUAGACAUCAGAGAAUCCAUACUGGACAGAAAUCUUACAAAUGUCAUCAGUGUGGCAAGGUCUUCAGUCCGAGGUCACUCCUUGCAGAAUAUCAGAAAAUUUGUUAUUGAGAUAAUAGUUCCAAAUGCAAUGAGUAUAGCAAACCAUCAAGCAUUAAUUGACAUUAGAGUCAAUUCAGCAUUGACUUGAAUUUGAGUUGACUUAACAUUGAGUUCAAGCAUUAAUUGACAUUAAAGUGUUUAUGUUAAGAGGAUUAGGCUGAGUGCAGUGGCUCACACCUGUAAUGCCAGCACUUUGGGAGGCCAAGGUGGGUAGAUCUCUUGAGGUCAGGAGUUUGAGACUAGUGUGGCCAACAGGCGUGAGACACUUUUCCCAGCCUGUUUUUUGUUUCUUUAACAAAAACAGGUAGGAAUUUUUUUUUUUAAUCACCUGGGUGCAGGCUAGCUGAGUCCAAAAAGAGAGUCACGGAAGGGAGAUAGGGGUGGGGCCAUUUUAUAAGAUUUGGGUAGGUAGUGGAAAAUUACAAUCAAAGGGGGUUGUUCUCUGGCUGGCCGGGGUGGGGCUCACAAGGUGCUCAAUGGGGGAGUUUUUGAGCCAGGAUGAGCCAGUAGAAGGAAUUUCACAAGGUAAUGUCAUCAGUUAAGGCAGGGACCGGCCAUUUAGUGGUGGAAUUCACUUCUUUUGUGGUGGAAUGUCAACUGAUAGGCAUUUUCAUGGGUAUUGUGUUGAAUCUAAAUCACAUUGGGUUGUAUAAUUAUUUAACAAUAUUAAUUUUUCCAAACUAUCAAUAUGGGUUGUAACUCUAUGUAUGUUUUUAAUCAUUUUGAUCAACAUUUGUAGAUUUCAAAGUACAAACCUCAGCUUUGUACGUUUAUUCCUAAGUAUUUCUUACUUUAAGUUCUGUAGCAAAUGGAAGUGUUUUUAAAUUUUCUUUUAAAAUUGUUUAUUGUUAAUAUAUGGAAAUUCAGGUAAUUUUUGGUGCUGAUAUUGUAUUGUGCAAACCCACUGGAUUUACUUAGUAGUUUUGAGGGAAGAGAGAGAGACCCUCUCAUAUUGUUUUAUACUUGGUACCUGUUUUAAGAAAAAAACAAGGAAGUGAAAUCAAGGACAGGCAGGCCGGCGCCAGGCCCAAAACCAGGCCUGGGCCUGCCUGGCCUAAACCCAGCAGUUAAAAAUCAACUCAUAACUUAGAAACUGAUGUUAUUCAUAGAUUCCAGACAUUGUAUAGAAGAACAUUGUGAAACUCCCUGCUCUGUUCAGUUCCACUCUGACCACCGGUGCAUGCAGCCCCUGUCACAUUCCCCCUGCUUGCUCAAAUCAACCACGACCGUUUCAAGUGAAAUCUUUAGUGUUGUGAGCCCUUAAAAAGGACAGAAAUUGUGCAUUUGGGGAGCUCAGAUUUUAAGGCAGUAGCUUGCCGAUGCUCCCAGCUGAAUAAAGCCCUUCCUUCUGCAA